GAGUAUCGUGUGGAGUAUCGACGCGAAUCCGACAGACGAACCUAGACAAACCCGUGUAAAUCAUCGUAUCCUGUCACUGGUAUCGCUCGGCAUUAUAGAUUUACAUCGGCGUUCGACAAGUGCAUGGUGUAACUUUAAACAACGUUUCGGCGUUUCCAUCGCGACUUGUUCUCUAAUCGAGUCCCGACUCCCGGCGCAUUCAAGCUCGGCUCCGUUACGUCAACCUCACGUCAGUCACGUCGUUAAUCACCGCGAACGCGGGUACAUAUAUACACAGUGUCGACUGUCGUGAUGCGGUAACCAGCGGUAACUCGCUAAUCAGCCGUUCGUUUGACCAUGGACGCCGAUGAUUUCGUUAUUGAUUAAGCAUUAAGCUUGAGAGAAAUAUCGGUCUAAAUCAAAGCUUCGCUUCGCUUAAACGAUCAUUAUGCUUGCGCCGAUCCGCGUGCGCCUGUUGCUGUUCUGCUACACUACGAGCGAUCCCGAGGCAAAAGGAGAGAGUGCAGAUCGCGAACGUAGAUUCGCGCCGGUCAACAGGAUCCCAGAUCCUAGAAGGCGAAGGGCGUAGUACCUUAUGACGAAGCCAUGUACACCUGCCAUCCCUUUAUCCCUUGGCUGACGGUAUUCGAUAUUUUCGGAGUCGGAACAUCUCGCUCCGACAAGCGACUUGCGAAAUUGAUCGAGAGUAACAAAUCGCUUUGAUUCACAUUCUUCUUGAUUUUUUUCAAUUGAAGGUUCAAGGAUGCAACGAAGUCAGCUGAGGGACCUCUCAUCCUGGAUGACGCGUCUGUUCCCGGAGCCUGGAGACGGUAGUAAUCGGAUGACCGAGGGAUUCAAAAUGUUCGGUUCGAAAAACAGCUCGCCCACCAUUCCAAAGCACCAGCAGCAGAGCACGACCAACGAAAAUGGGAACUCACAAGAUUCGGACACAGCAACAGGUGUUGAGGAGCAACGAUACGUCAGACAUUCCUUCCACAGGAUCGCCAGUUUCGGUGGCUUUCCGCGAUUUCAGUCCUUCGUCAUGUCCGCUUCCACACCCGCUGAAUGCAUCGAUAUCACGAGGCAUGAGGAAACUUCAACGGAAACGUCUUACAUUAAAAUGUCGCAUAGUGUUCUAGAGUAUAGAAGUAGCAGGUACGUAGCUUCAGAAAGGAGGUCUCAUCAGUAUACAUUAGAUACCUACGCGGUAAGCGAAUCCGAGAGUGAAGAAGAGUCAGAAGAAACUAGAUCUUCGGAAACAGACUCUGCCAUAGUGGCUGAUCAUACGGAAGAAUCGAUAUCAGAGCCUAAACUGUUAGCGAAGAAAGGUUCCCCUGAUUCGAAACGAAAGAAGGCGUUACGUGUAGCACAAGAGUUACUAGCGACUGAAAAAAAUUACGUGAAUAUUCUGCAUCUGAUCGAUCAAGUGUUCCAAUUCAGGGUCGAUCAGGAAAACAGAGCGCAUCCAAUGUUCCCUCCAGAGACUGUCCAGCACAUGUUUUCCAAUAUCAAAUCUAUUUAUAAAUUCCACAACGACUUUCUAUUGCCGCAAUUUGAAGAGAGAAUGCAAUGUUGGGAUUCAAAUUCGAGAAUCGGUGACAUAAUGAAGAACUUUGCGCCAUUUCUUAAAAUGUAUACAGAGUAUGUAAAGAAUUUCGAUUAUGCCAUGAAUUUGAUAAGCACAUUGCAAAACAAAGUUCCCAGAUUUGCAGCGAUUGUUAACGAAAUUCAGAAGCUCGAUGAAUGCGCCAAAUUGUCGUUAGCACAUCAUAUGUUAAGUCCUAUACAGAGGCUGCCGCGAUACGAGCUACUUCUCAAGGAUUAUUUACGAAAUCUCACUGAAGACAAUCCAGAUUAUGAAGACACGAAAAAGGCUCUGGAGUUAGUAUCAACCGCCGCAAAUCAUACAAACGAAGCAAUGAAAAAAAUUGAUAAAUUUAAAAAACUUUUAGAAAUUCAAGAGAGUAUAUACGAUGCAACUGAUCUAGUCAGUGCGACUCGCGAACUAAUAAAGGAAGGACGUAUAGUGAAAAUUUCAGCGCGUAGUGGCGAUCAUCAGGAGAGACAUUUAUUUUUGUUUAGUGAUUUAUUAUUACUGUGCUCAAUAAGACUGAUACCCGGUCCUAUGUAUCGAUUAAGAGCUAAAUUUAUGGUGGAAAAUUUACAAGUAGUUGAGGGAGACAAUCUAGAAACCGCAAAUACUUUUUACAUAAGGGAUGAAAAUAAAAGUGUCGAGUUAUAUACACAUGCUGCCGCGGAAAAGGCAGCAUGGCUGGAUGCACUAUUCCAAACGAUGCAAGAGAUCAUGAGACGUAAGGCCAGUCUGAAAACUGGGAAUGUUAAAACUUCUUUGGUUAAAGCUGAUGAUGUAACUAGAUGCAUGGUUUGCGAAGUUAGUUUUUCUGUGAUGAAGCGAAAGCAUAAUUGUCGGGCUUGUGGAAUAGUGGUUUGUAGUAAAUGCUCAAAUCAGAAAUUAUUAUUUGAAGACAAUAAGAAUAUGAGAGUAUGCAGAUUAUGUCAUGCCGCGCUCACUCAACCGCUCACUAAAUCACCGUCGUCACCGUCUGGUCCAGUGCCAAGUUUGCUACAGGUAUCGGCGAGUGCGCCAUCAGUAUUAUCUGGAUACCUGUUACUAAAGACGCAGGCCAGUAAGCCUUGGACAAAACGAUGGUUCGCGUUGCACGUUGACUUCGUUUUGUAUUCGUUCAAAUCCGAGUCGGAGAGUAUGGCCAUGACAGCGACGCCUAUGCCGGGAUUUAUGGUUACGGAAGGUACAAAAUUACCCGAUGAAGACCCUUUGAAUACGAAAGAUCGGAUAAGAGCAUUCAAGAUGCAUCAUUCGAGAAAAUAUUACUAUCUCCAAGCGUCUUCUCAAGAGGACAAAGAAAAAUGGAUGCACACAUUGGAGUUAGCUACGAAGGCUGAACUACCUCAUCUGAUGCAGGUGGAAAAUGAAAGCGCACAAGAAAGUCAAUCAAUGAACGAUGUACAAUGAAUAUGCGUACCUUUUUAUCUACCAAACUAGCCAAUUUUUUACUAUUAUAUUCGUGAAUGAGAAGACGAUGGCAAUGUAAGAUAAUCGUUAGUAGUUAAUUAGCUAUAUUUAAAAUGACGUUAACUCUUAUGUUAUAUAUAUAUAUUGUUAUUAGUAUAUACACUACAAGAGAGAAAUCGAGUCAAUAGUGGCCGCUGCCGAAACGCUUGUUGUUUUGUAUAAUGUUCUGUUAUAGUAUAUUUAUAAAUAUAUAUGUCGUUCUAUCACGAUACGCUGUGCUGACCGUAAUUUGCAAUGGAAGUCGAUACGUCGCGAUGCUUGAAAAGUUAAUUAUGCGCUUCAGUGAUAGUUAUUUAAGCUAUGAGAUUGUUAUCAAAAUCGAUUUUUUAGGCACGCAAUGGAUUCUAUAGUUUUAUCAAUAAAUUUAUUCCGUCAAUUAAAAUUUUCAUAACU